AAUCAGCACGAAAGACGCUUUGGAAGAAUUGAAGCCAUUGUUUCAUUCUUACCACCAUUUGAAACUAUUGAUCCAAAUAACCAAAUGCAAGAUGCUUUAAAAAUGUCAAGACUUUUAAGGUAUGACGAAUUAGGAAUUUAUUGUAGUAAAGAUAGAAGUCUUCGAGGGCAUAAAGAACUUUGGAUGAUCGAAGAGGAUUAUCAGAUUGUUUCACCUAUUUAUAUCCUAAAAUAUGUUUCUAUAUGGUUUCAAGAUGUUUUCCAACCUGCAUUCUAUGAUUUCUGUGUAUCUGAGAUUUUAUAUCAAGAUAGUAAUACUAGGCGAAUCUACAUCUGA